AAUGAUAGAAUGAGGCUGAAGAACAUUUUUKAURMGRAGGGAUAUUUUAACCAGGACAUUGGAGAAAGGUUUCGUAUGCUUACAUCAAGUCCUAUUUCCGUCUAUCUGCUAUUUGCGCGACUCCAGUCGAACGACAGGUGAAAUCCCUGGCGCAGUUCACCCUCGUUUACAAAGGAGGUGAGGGCCACUCAGGAGGCUGUAAGAACUGCUACGGACGCKACGCCAGCACAACCUACAURGCUGUGCGUUYGUACUCAUGGCUACGGCCGGGGUMUUGCUUUGAAUUAGGGGCUUUUGUAUGAACAUUGAUUUGAAUUACUUUAAUACCAAAUACCGUAAUGCUGACUGUAUAAUAAAGUGAAGAUCAAACUGAAUGUUGUGUGUGGUGUUUUGGGACCAUGCAGGUGCRAGUGGGCACGGUGGUGAAGGAGCAASGGAGACUAUGGCAGACCUCUCCCAACAUUGCCAGGAGUACGUGGCUGUGUUUGGAGGGGCGGGGGGAAAGGGGAACCGCGCUUCCUGUCCAAUGAGAACCGUGCCCCAAUGAUGGCCACCCCGGGAGAGAGAGGCCAGGAGAGUUGUCCUCCAGCUGGAGCUGCGUACCGUGGCCCAUGCCGGACUGGUUGGGUUUCCCAAUGCAGGGACAUCAUCUCUGCUGUGGGCCAUCUCCAAUGCCAGGCCUGCUGUGGCUGCCUACCCCUUCACAACCCUCAACCCCACGUGGGCAUUGUUAAGUACAGGGACCAUGAGCAAGUGGCAGGGCAGCAUGUGAGAGGAAUGGACAGUAAGUGGGCCAGAGUUGUGUGGGACUACCUUUGUCUGCACCAAUCUCUGGAAAAGAGUGAUGUCAUAAUAGGCCUGGGUUGCCAUGACGUGCGUGUGGCGGAGAGGUCAGCUGARCUCUUCCUGGAAGGAUUGGCUCCUUGGCUGCUUUUCACUGGUUACUUAGGCAACCAGACUGCAGGUGUGUGGACGAGGCCAGAGGCUGACGUGUUCUUGGAUGUUGCUCUGAGGAUGGGAGUGCCCAGGGGGAACAUACUGCUGGAGACAGAGGCCACCAACACUGGAGAGCACAUCCGCUUCCACAGGCUCCUCAAGGAGAAUAACAUCCCAGCCCACAGGGUGAUCCUGGUCCAGCAGCCCUUUAUGGAGCGCAGGGUUUUUGCUACCUUCCUGCGCCAGUGGCAUGACCAGGGGGAACACACGGAAUCUCUGCCUCGCCCCCACCCCGCUGUGGCCACUGCCACAGACCUCAUCACGUACAUGCUAGGUGUUCUAGAGAGGAUCUGUGACCACCCACAGAAAGGCUUCCAGUUGGAACAGGAGAUCACACCCAGGACUCUCUCUGCCUACCAAUGGCUCCUGCACGCUGGCUACAUUCCCAAGUGAAUGCACAACACACACGCCCGUGCAUGAAUGCCCGCACACACUUCCACGUACGCACACUUGUCCCUGCGUUUUGCUAUGUUGAUGCUGCUGAUAAGUUGGGACGGUUGGGAAUUGAACAUUAAAUCACAGUGAACUUA